UGUUCACCCCCUUCGAUCUCCCCCGCCAUGGCUGUAGAUUAGUAGACGCAUCCACGUGAGCAGGAGCCGCCAUGCCUCUAGAGACAUGUGACUUCUGUGGGCGGCGGCUCAAAACAUACCAGGGGAUGCGCGGUCAUCAGUCCAACAGCGGCAGAUGUCUUGCAGAGCAGGAGCCACUAGCUAGUCUUGGUAGGCGUGUUGGGCGUUAUUACAGACCACACACCGCACUGGUGGUGGUGGUUGUCGACGAACUGCAUGCACGUCUCAACCCCGCUGUCCCAGAUCGCCACAUCCCAAACCGUGAUGCAACCCUGCAGGAAGAGGUGGAUGGGGAUAAUCUUGACGGCGCACCACCAAAACACCCACUUCCACCUAGCGAGGACGAAGCUAGCUUGGCGAACGCAGAUGGCAUUGAUCUGCAAGUAGAGCUGUCGUCAGUAGCCCGCACUCACAUGCUCACGAAUGCCGCCAUAACGGACAUCAUUCGCAUGUUUAACAGCAUGCCCUCUUCUCCCGAGGACCUCACCUCGUGGCGCUCGCAUAGGGACCAGGAGGCGUUCGAGAGAGAGUAUCUCGAGUUGGAGCAUGAAUGGGAAACCGUCGAGAUAGAGCUCGCUGGGGAUCUUGGAGUGCUAAUUCUUUGACACAAGCCUAUUGUGCAGGAUGCUGUAAAGGCAAAGGGAGCAGUCGCCGGUUGCAUCGUUUUCAGCGACGUGACACACCUGUCCUUCAACGGGAGGCAGCUCGCGCACCCUAUGCUUUUCGCGCUUGUGAACACGCCGGAAGAGGCAAGGUGGUUGGAGGGCAGGGCGGAGAUGGUGGCCCUUCUGCCGCCGCUGCCGUCGGACCUGACGUCGGAGGGGAAGAACGCGAUUUUCCAAGAGUGACGGGAUCAUGGUCGGGGAGCACGUUGGCCAGAAAUAGAAGGUCUUCCCGCUGCUGUACUCCUAUGUGUGCGACUACCCGGAAUCGUGCAAAGUGUCAUGCACCAUGGCGGCAAACUCCUUCAAGCAUGCUCCAAGUGCACGUUCAGCCGCUGGGAGCUGCGCGGUGUGACAGCGAUGCCUCAGCCACGGACAGUGCAGCAUCUGUGGCUGACCUACGAGUGCAUGUCCCGCACAUCACCACGGGAGCGGAACCGGCUUAGGCGGGCGUGGUCCACACACUUCGAGUGGUGUGCUCUGUGGGCAUGGGGUUUCGUGGAGACAGAAUGGGGGAAUCUGUACGAGGCCAUCGGCAUUUGUCUGAUGCAUGUGGUCGACGAGGGGCUGUGGCUUCACAUCAUGCGGUACAUCGCCGGCCUACUCAUGCCCGAUGAGCAACGGACUCUUCUCCGGUAUUGUCGUGUGGUCCUCAUGCACACCCUGCCUUCAGCCUUGCGCACCCCCGACCCAUCGGCAUACUUCAAGACAGUCGCCGCAUGGGAGCACCGCGCAAUGAUGCAGAUUCUGUCCUUGUUCUGCCACCUACCAGGCCAUGAGGAUGUGGGCAGAGUGGUGGUGAUGUUUGCAGAUUGGGUCGCAGCUUUUUCAGAGUGGAGAACCACACCGAUGCAUCACUAGAUGCCUGUGUCGAGUCAACCGGGAGGUACAUCAUGGGCAGAUUGGGCUGAGGGUCCGGUUGGGAGCAUGCCACCCCAAACAGCUAUGCUGUGUUCCUGGUGGUGGGGUACAUGCCAUGUGUUUUGAUGGUUCUUCUCACAUGAUUUAAGGCUGUUGAUGGGUGUUUGGUGCGAGCAGCCCGGUGGAGUCACUGGUGGAGGUCUUCCCCAACCAGAAGUCGCAUUCCGAGUUGCUCAAGGUGCACUUGACAGCUCACAUGGCCCCUACAAUCAAAGCAAGGGGCAUGCCAAAGGAGUACUCGUCCAAUCUGUACGAGCACAAGCACAAGACCUUGAUCAAGCAACCUGCCUGCAACACCAACUGGCGUGACGUUGGGCAUGACAUCGCCUUUCGGCAGGAGCGCCUGGCCGGUGUCAAGCUGAUCGCGAGAGAGGAGGUUGUGGAUCCGCAGUAUGAGACUGCCAUGCGCUUUGUGAGCAUGGUACCGUUCGGGCUUGGUGGCAUGUGAGGCAUCGUGUUGUUCUUUGCCCUAAACCCCUGAGCCUGCGGUGGUGGUGAGUAGGGGACCUGGGACAGGGGGGUGGGGGGGAGGGUUAGCUAUUGGGUGGUCAGGGUAGAGGGGCUGGCGGCUAUUUGGGUCUGGCGAAUCGUGUGGUACGAUUGUGGACAACGUUUACGGGCUUGGGAGUGUUUCAUAGUCGGCUCCCACACCCCGGGAUCCUGCAAUCACGGGUGAGAUGCACCUUUGCGUUUCUGGUUGGUACACUGCAUGUCUCAGACUAUCUCUACCCAUCCCAAUGGUUUCUGGGAUGCCUUCACUCGCACACUGAACACUGCAUCUUGUGACCAGGCCCUCCUUCGGAACCUGCGUGUGUCGACGCGCACCAGCCGCCGCACGGUCAUCUCGUCCCCGCAUGACGACAUGUGGUCGGCAUACUGUGAGCAUGCCGGUGCCGACGCUAUGGAGCGGUUUGCAGCUGCGAUGGGGUGGGCUGGCUACCUCGUGCCUGCAGUGCAGUUCACACGGCGCUUGCGAUCCCUCCCCACGACUGCAUGGAUCGGGGUGACAGUGACCAGGUUGUGAAGGCGUCCCCGAAGCAGGCCUGGUUCAGCCACGUACGUAUCGAUGGGCAGCGCAAGGAGGAGUGGUUCGGGAGGUGCCUCAUCCUAUUCCACUUUGUGGACCCUCGGCAGCAGGUCGUCCGCCUGGCAUUUGUCCAGUACUUCACUGAGCUGGAGGGGCUCUGUCCUUUCACCAGGUGCCGGCGUUUGCGUCCAACUGGGGGAGUUGAUGCGUAUGCGCUCGUGGACGUGGACAACAUCCUCUCCCUUGCACACAUUGUCCCAAGCUUCGGUGAUACGGGAUUGUACCUAGUGAACCGCUUCCUGUUCUAGGCACGUGUGCCCAAACAAUCGUGACAGAUGGACCCCACACACCCUCUUCCAGUCUAUGUUAGUUUGGUGGUGUUUGCCGCUCUGGGCAAGCCACGUCGCAUGUGUUUAGGAUGGUGGUUGCUGCAAGUGCUUUACAUCUCUGCUGCCUGUGUGUGCGCUAGAGGAGGUGGAAUGAAACCAACGGAGCAGAGUAUUGAUAGCAUACAGUGUGCUGGCAGUCGAAAUUGGUUUUAUGA